CAAGCCAAAGAGGAGGAAGCUAAAGAGGAGGAAGCCAAAGAGGAGCAAGCCAAAGAAGCCAAAGAGGAGCAAGCCGAAGAGGAGCAAGCCAAAGAGGAGCAAGCCGAAGAGGAGCAAGCCGAAGAGGAGCAAGCCGAAGAGGAGCAAGCCGAAGAGGAGGAAGCCAAAGAGGAGGAAGCCAAAGAGGAGGAAGCCAAAGAGGAGGAAGCCGAAGAGGAGGAAGCCGAAGAGGAGGAAGCCGGA